AAUUAAAUAUAAUCCCCAAGCAUAAUGGGCAAUUGUGUUCCUAAACCUUCUUUGAUUAGAAAUACUAAUAAAACUACUAGUUGUCUUUCCCUACAUAAAUAACUCACGCAAGAGAGCAGCAGCGAGUAUGUAAAUUCAGGCAACAUAUUGACUGCAUUUCUCACUCUCUUUUUUAUAAAUUCCAAACAUAAGGGUUGCAGCCCACCACAUAUUCUUCAUGAACCGAAUCUCAGCUGCAAGACAAUAUGCGGCUGGCCUGCUGCAUUGGACAAAGAUAAAAGCCAUUUAAUUGAACGUCAUUUCUUUCUGGUUUGUUACAUUCGGCAAAUUACAGUUAUAAGGUCCUCGACUAACACACGAAAAGGUUAUUCGGAUUCACUUUAACAAGAAGUUCUAAGGCCUAAUAGACAGUGAUGUUUUGGCUUAUAAAUAAUUUGCCUUAGAUAUGUACUCCCCGGCUAAUAUUGAAUGAAUCCAAUAAAGUAAAACAAGCUCAGCAUCAUUGGACUUAUCUCUGGCCGAAUGAAUAGAAUAAUGGCUUCAAAAUACUCUAUAAAAAUAAAUUGAAAAUCACACGUCAAUUAUCAUUUAAAAACAACCUAAAUCCCCCAACUACUGGGGAAAUCAUAAUCCUAUACUAAAGGAACAUCUAAAUUCAUUGUGAACAGAAGAAAAUGAAUGCCAUGGUGAACCUUUUAAUCCUUCUGACAUGUUCUUUCUGCCUUUAUCUCCUCGUAGCUCUACUCAAGGUCCUCUACAAAUACUGGUGGAUACCUCUCCGUAUACAGCGGGUUCUGAAUUCACAGGGAAUUAAAGGACCUCCGUAUCAAUUCAUCUAUGGGAACAACAAAGAAGUUGCCAAAAUGUUAAAGGAAGCAUUAAGCAAGUCCAUGGGCUUGAGACAUGAUAUAUUUCCCAGAGUGCAGCCUCAUAUGUACUCCUGGUUCAACAGAUAUGGGAGGAAUUAUCUUUGUUGGAACGGUGUUCAAGCUCAACUGGUGAUUUCAGAACCAGAACUGGUCAAAGAGAUUCUCAAAAAUAGUGAAAAUGCUUUUCCAAAAAGUAAGCCUACAAUUUAUGGUAGCAAGCUACUGGGGAACGGACUUGCGACUACUGAGGGUGAAAAAUGGGCGAAGCAGCGAAAGCUGGCCAAUUACGCUUUUCAUGGUGAGAGCUUAAAGAACAUGACGCCAGCAAUAAUUUUUAGCAUGGAAACAAUGCUAGAAAAGUGGAAAGGGCAAGAAGGCAAAGAGAUUGACGUGUUCCAAGAAUUUAGAUUGUUGACUUCAGAAGUGAUAUCAAGAACAGCUUUUGGUAGCAGUUACUUGGAAGGGAAGAAGAUUUUUGACAUGUUGAAGAAAUUGUCAAUAAUUGCGAGUCGAAAUAUUUUGAAGGAUAAGAUUCCUGUCAUCAACAAGUUCGCGAAAAAUGCUGAUUUUCUAGAGUCAGAAGAACUUAUGAAAGGAAUACAAGAUUCUGUGAUGGAGAUUGUUAAGAAACGAGAAGACAAAGUUGUGAGUGGAGAAGCUGACAGUUUCGGCAGUGAUUUUCUGGGGUUACUUGUGAAUGCCUAUCAUGAUUUGGACGAGAAAAACAGGCUUUCAAAGGAGGAUUUGAUAGAUGAGUGCAAAACAUUCUACUUAGCUGGACAGGAAACUGUUAAUUCCUUGCUUGCCUGGACAGUCUUGCUUCUAGCAUUCCAUAGAGAUUGGCAAGAGAAAGCAAGAAGAGAGGUGAUUGAGAUUUUUGGUAACCAAAAUCCAGAUUCUGAAGGCAUUGCCAAACUCAAAACUAUCACCAUGAUCAUUAAUGAAACUCUAAGAUUAUAUGGUCCUGCAAAUAGCCUGAUGAGAAAAGUUGGAAGAGAAGUUCAAUUGGGAAAGCUAGUCCUGCCUGCUAAUAUAGAGCUUGUAAUCUCAAACAUGGCACUUCACCAUGACCCUCAAUUAUGGGGAGAUGAUGCGCACCUUUUUAAACCAGAGAGAUUCGGGGAAGGGAUUGCCAAAGCUACCAAAUACAAUGCCGCUGCAUAUUUUCCCUUUGGAUUGGGAUCUCGGUCUUGUGUUGGUAUGACUUUUGCAACCAUAGAAACAAAGUCUUCUCUUUCGAUGAUUCUACAACGUUAUACCAUUUCUCUCUCCCCUGCCUAUGUCCACUCACCAGUAAUUCUUCUCACCCUUCGGCCACAACAUGGAAUUCAAGUAAUACUCCACUCACUGCAUAAUGAUGCUUAA